AUGGCUAAGUCCCUACUUGUGUUAUCUUUGCUAUUUGCACAAUCCCUUGCGGGAAGUGUGUCAUUCGUAAAAAACGAUGGCACCCCGCCCGUGUAUGAGUCCAGUACGCCGCCAAAGAUUACAUCUAACUCGACCCAGGGGGAUAAGAACUACAAGGCUCCAUUAUUCCCCAUCCUCAACUGGACUCAGUACGAGAACAAUCCGAUUUUAGGCGCCAAUCAAAACCGUGGCUGGGAAGCCUCCUAUGUUUACAACCCGACAGCCAUGGUGAUUGAUGACAUGGUGAUUGUUGUCUAUCGCGCGCAGAACUCGAGCCUUAUCUCGACUCUGGGUCUUGCAUGGUCUACUGAUGGGUUCAACUUCACUCGCUAUACCGAGCCCAUUUUUUACCCAACCGAGUCAUAUGAAAACAAAGGAACUGAAGACCCUCGACUGAUCCGGGUUAAUGGAACCUUUUAUCUGACUUACACUGGUUGGAGUGACGAUGAUGGGGUUAAGCUUUGCCAAGCAACAUCGACUGAUCUGUUGAACUGGAACAAAACAGGCCCUGUUUUACCUGAUAUUGAGCAUAGCAAAUCAGGUGCUAUUUUGAAUGAGCGUCAACCUGAUGGCAACUAUCAUAUGCACUGGGGCGAUGAACAGAUUUACCUGGCUGUAUCACCUGAUUUGGUUCACUGGACUAUGCCGACAAAUGACACCUAUGCAACAGGCCUGCUGCAAUGGGAGCAGAAAUUAAUUGAGUCCGGUCCGCCUCCAGUAAAGACACGUGAUGGCAAAUGGUUAAAGGUAUACAACGGCGUUGCCGAUGAGACAAAAGGGGAUUACGUGGAGGGCCAAUAUUCAACCGGUCAAAUGCUCAUUGACCCCAGUCUGUUUCCAUAUGGACCCCCCCUUGCGCGAUUGGAAACCCCGAUCCUGACCCCAAACACCACGGAUGAGAAGGAAGGCCAGGUGAAUAAUGUGUUAUUCAGUGAAGGAUUAGUCCAGUUCAAAGGCCAGUGGCUAAUGUAUUUUGGCGAGGCCGACACAUACCUGGGAGUUGCGUCCGCCCCCGUGCAGCCUUGA